AUGCACUGCUUACUCGCCAUUCUAUUGCUAGCUGGAGAUCUAGCAAGAGAUAAUGACCGCCUGGCCGUCAUGGGUAUCGAUCGGCACAGUGAUUAUUAUAAAGCUUUCCACCCGAACGGAAUACGACAGUUCCGAGGUGCCGAAUCUGGCACUGACAUAAUGGUGGCUGCGAGGCCGACCAACGGGCCCGGCACGUAUAUGGCAGUCUACUGCUCUCCAUCAGAAGACUUAAACAGUUUAGGGAAGUAUAUUUCCCGGAACACUCGACAGCUGAACGAAAGAUACAAAGAUAUCAUUCAUCAGGGUAUUUCGAAAGGACCAAGAGGUCUCCAACUUAGCAAAGAUAAACACAAGAACCUAUCGAAAAGUUGGGGGCAUCACACUAGUGAGCUCUUGCAAAAAGAGGAUAUAGCUAUAACUCGAAUAAAUAGUUUGAAUUAUCAGGAAUGGUUAGACACCAGAGAUACAACUCUUACGCCUGACAGGGAUUACGUUAGGCCAAAUUGGCUUGACAAUGUGUUUGAUAUAUCCGAUGUGGUACUUGACGGUAAAUUUCUUCUUUCGUCGGACAUCCAGGGUGAUCAAAGUGCGCUGGCUUGGGUUGAGGGUAGAUUAAAUGCAUUCCACAAAAACGAGGAGAGUAAUAUUUGGAACCAGAUGAAAUUUAGUUCAGACGACGACGGCUACUAUCGUUAUUUGAGAUCCUUCUUAACCCAUCAUUUUGUCGAGAUCAAAGAGAUUAAAUUUGCAUUGGAGGAAGUUACUUUCAUGAAUGUGUCACGAGCAUCCAAUGAUCAGCAACUCAAGCUUCAAAAGGUUUCUGAAAUAGAACUGAAGAUCAAACAACAACUUGAAAUCCUUGGCACGAGAAAUCUGCGGUUUGUUGAAUCACCAGCAUAUGGAUUAAUUGGUCCAUUUAAGAGCGUGAACUGA